CGACAACGCAUUGAUAGACAGGCCUGACAGCCAAUGUAAGCGAGAGGUUGGGUUUGCCUGUUCAGAUCCUAAGAAGUAGGAGCUGCCGCUGAAGGACACUUGCCAUUUAGAUUGAUUUGAGGCAAAUAAACAUCCGUCAUGGGCGCUCACGAUUCCGGCAGCCACCACCAGUUCACCGGCAUUCAGAAGUACUUCAAUGCGUAUACAAUCACAGGGAGAAGAAAUUGUGUACUGGCCACGUACGCCGGCAUCGCGGGACUCAUCCUGUUCUUUAAACUGAAACCUAAAAAACAGACCCCCGCCGUCACAGAAAAAUGAGCGGCCCUUUCCUGCCUGGAGCUAUGAAAACAGUAACAUCGUCUUCAAGAAACAACCAAACUGUUGUGGAUUUGUAUUUUCUUUAUUUACAAAAUAUAAAGUUAAAAAAGCCUGUACAAAAUGACAGUGGAGUCCUGUCUGUUGGAUCACGUUACAGUUGAGCAUAGCACAGUAUGUUGGAGGUAUAUGUUUAAAUAAAUGUCUUUAGUUCA